AUCUGCUCCCACAGGUUCUUGCUAGGUAGCUCCGAAACCUGCACCGGCGAGACAGGCAGAUCGAGGGACUCGGGAGACACUACGGGCACUGGCGUCCUGGCGGUGAUGCACGACUCGUUGGAGACUGUCCCUUCCAAGCGCUGGGAGCUGCGGCCCACAGCUCCGGGCGCCGCCAUGGCAGCGGUCAUGGCCGCCGUUUCCACGGCAACCACGGGUCCCAAAAGGCCGCGACCCGGAAGAAACCGUAUCUUGCAGGGACGGACCGCCGAGUCGAGAUUGACUUCCGGAUCACGGCGGCGCGGGCCCUCACGUGGAGGCGGGGAACAUUGGCCUUUGGGAAUGAUCACUAAGGCUCACAAAGGAGAGGUGGGCCUUGGGCUCCCAGAGAAAAAGAAGAAGAAGAAAAAGAAAGUGGUUAAAGAACCAGAGACUCAAUACUCGGUUUUAAACAGUGACAAUUAUUUCGCAGAGGUUUGUCCAAGAGUCACACCACCCUUGAAGGAUGUGAUCCAAGAGCAGGCACCCAAAAUGCCUCUUGUGAAGAAAAAGAAGAAAAAGAAGGGUCACAGCACCGUCUGUGAGGAGCACCUUGAACCUGAGAUCACAUUACGUGGUGGACAGACUGAGCGGUCACGCAGCCCCAGGACGCAGGCACCUGGUCUGUCUGAGUCCCUCAGUGCGGAGAGGAAGAAGAGGAAGUCCAUGUCCCCCAGCUCAAGGGUGAAGACCUCUCCAGACCCCAGACUGGACGAGGAAGUGACCAGAGCUGGCAAGAAGCUCAAAAAACACAAGAAGGAGAAAAAGGCCAAGGAAGCUACAGCCUUCUCAGGCGGGGAUCCUUGGUUCUGCGAGGCCGGGAAUGCAUUGUAUACUCACCCAGUUGGGAAGGAUGGCGUCCAGGAGCAGGCAGCCUCGGGACAGAAGCGGAAGCAAGGGAGUCCCAGGGAACACAGCGUGAAGAUGAAGAAGAAGAAGAAGAAGAAAAUCCACUGGGAGGGAGAUCCUGCGCUGGCGCACCCUGAGUGCUCCUGGUCCCUGGAGAGCAGCCCUGCGAAAGGAAGUAAAAAGAAGCCAGUCAGAGUUGAAGCUCCAGAAUACAUCCCCAUAGGAGAUGGCCCCAGGGCCUCUGUGAAGAAGAAAGUGAAGUCUAAGAAAAGGGUGGAGCAGGCAGACACCGAGGAGUCAGCUCUGAAGAGGAAGAAGAAGAAGAGGCAGGAGAGCAAAGUAGCAGAGGAGCCUUGGGAAGAGGAUCCCGACACGGACUUGGAGGUGGUGCUGGAAAAGAAGGGCAACAUGGACGAGGCGCACAUAGACCAGGUGAGGCGGAAAGCCUUGCAAGAAGAGAUUGAUCGUGAGUCGGGUAAGACGGAAGCUUCUGACACCAAGACCUGGACAGGAACCCAGUUUGGCCAAUGGGAUACUGCUGGUUUUGAAAACGAGGAGCAGAAACUGAAAUUUCUCAAACUCAUGGGUGGCUUUAAAAAUCUGCCCCCUUCCUUCAGUCGCCCAUCCACCACGGAGGCCAGGCCCAACAUGGCUCUCAGCAAGAAGGCGGCCGACACCCUGCAGCGGAACCUGCAGCAGGACUACGACCGGGCCCUGAGCUGGAAGUACAACCGGGGCGCCGGGCUCGGCUUCUCCACGGCCCCGGCCAAAGUCUUUUAUAUUGACAGGAACGCAUCCAAGUCAAUCAAGUUUGAAGAUUAAACUCUGCUGUCUCGUCCCCCCAAAACACCCAACGUUGCUUUUAUUGUUCUGUCAGGCAGAUGAAAGCCAUAGGACAGUUGUCUCGAAUCAAACUCCUGCGAAGGUUAAGGACAACUGUGUUGAUGUGCUUGGACAGACUGGGGUGAGGGCAGCUCCUUUCAAGAGCCAGGAGAACAUGUUGAGUGGCUCCUGUUUUCUGUGUGACGCGUCCAUUCCUGUUGAAGACAGUGAGUAAAACCAGCAGGAGUGUGCACUUGUCGAGGGCGUCCUGGGUGCCAGGCACUUACAUGUCUCCCCUGCAUUCAUGUAUUUAAUCAUCAUGAUUCUGAAACAGGUGCUAUUAUUAUCCUCAUCUUAGGAAAUGGGGUUCUGGGAUGAGGAAACUGGGGUUCAGGGAUAAAGUAAUAACAUUGCCUGGGGUCACUCAAUGAGUUAAGUGCCAAGUGUACUUUUGUGCCCCAAGGCCUGUGUCAACUAUUCACUACAAUGAAUGUCCACUCUAGGGAAUUUCACCCAAAAUACUCAUUGGGAUUAAAAUGUCUUUUGAUUGAAGAAACAGAGGCUUAUUACAUGUCUACAUCUCAAACAGGAAGUGGGAUUAAUGUAAAAAAGCAAGCUUGUUUCCCCUCCCCCUUGUUGGAGUAGCCACAGGCAGAGAGGCUCUGGAUUCCCACCAAACAGAUGUGGCUGAGCUGCCUCUGCUGCUGGGAAACUGUUUCUAAACCCAUCUUGCCUUUUGCAGUCUGUGUUCCUUCCAUCCCCAGGGCUGUGCUGGGAUUUAAUCUUACUUGCUUUAACUGGAUUCUAAGCAAGGCAUUUAAGAGAGCAAUUGGCUAAUCCUCCACACGCACGAAUGGCAUGUUCUUUCCCAGGGACGUGUUUAUUGGAUUCUUUGCAACCACAAGGAAGAGAAUUCUAGGUGACCUCCAUGGAGGAGGUCGAAUGUCAGGAGGCAACAGACGGGGGGUGACAGGGCGCUGCCUCAUCGGUCUGGGAACAGGGUUUCCAAAGCUUUGAUGCUGCAGCCAGCCUCACAAACUCCCAGUACCCCGAGUGACAUGUGACCACCUUCUCUGCAUUCACCUAGCAUCUUGCGUCCCAAAAUACAACUUCUGCUUGGGCCUUUUUCACACCACUUGGCUUGAACUUCCCCUCCAGACAUGCUAUCUCAGGCGGGCCUGGACAGCCAGGGAAUUCAGUCUCACAUGGGCAGGAGUCCUGUGUAGGGGGUUGAUUCCGCUUCCCAUGAAGGAAACAAAUGUUUCCUCUCUGCUCCACCAUCCUACCUUGGCUUCAUCAGCUUGGUGGAAAGAUGGCUGUAGCAAUUGCAUACAGCAAAUCAAGACACUAGACCAUUACAGAGGGAGAAGAGAAAGCUUCUUGUGGUUCAAGGAAACUUCCAGAAGCCCUUUUGUCAUAACUCGUUGCCCAGCAUUGGGUGCCCAGUGCUGCCCACCCAUUCUUGAGCCAGCCCCUCGCAUGUGGAGGGAAAUUCUCAGGCCAGUCAGGAAGGAAGACUGAGGUUCAGAUGCUGGCAAGGUGAACGUGGGUCCACUACUGCCCCAGUGGGCAGAGGUGAGGCCAGUCUGCCUGGGCCCUGACCAACAACCACUGGCCAGGUCUGGAGUCCCGCUUACCUGUGUUAGCCGUGAUUCUGGUGGGCCACCUCCCACAGAACCUGAAUGUGGCCCUCCACGGAUUCAAUCUUGAGAUACAUAAUGGAAGAGGCCUACAAGGUGAGGUUCUGCAUUGAGUUAGCUCUUCAGGGCAUGUCCUCUUCCGACAGCGGUGGUCUUGAUCCACACCCCAGGAAUUUGCCCAGUGUGAAAGGAACCAACGUCUCUGAUCCCUGUGUCUUGCUAAUAGCUCAUGUCACAGUUUGGGCCUGCUUGGCUGUCAGGAAGGACCGUGCCCACCCAUCUACUGUGUGAUUCUGGAGAGCAGGUGAGCAGUUGUCCCCCACCUGUCCCCAUUAUGGUCCCUCUCGUUAGGGGUGUGACGGUCAGGCCUUUCCCCUCUUGCCGUUCAAUGUGUACAGUCUCUCUGUGAUAAGAUUUGACUUUCUAGCACCAUAUGGCUGAAGAGUUCCUCUUGGCUUGGGAAGGUUUAUUAAAGUCUGUUCCUGAAGCAGGGUCUAAGCAGAGAAGGUUGGACAGCCAAGACGGCAGGAUGCCAGGUGUCCUCAGAUUGAACGUGGCCUUGUCUCGGCUGCUUGCCUAGGUGCAGACCAUGCUGCUCUAGUGACGGCUCCAGCUCUGAGGUUAACUGGGCCUCGCUGUCCUUUUGUAAACUGAACAACAUUGUCUUGAGUCGCCCCUCUCCGCUUUGCCCCAUGUCCUGGGUCCUCCUCAAGCUGUCUUCAAGGUUUUUUUUUGGUGUGAUUUCCCAUGUUGUUCAUUUGUUGAUUUUGUGUAGCACACAGCCUGUCUCCACUGGAACAAGGCAGUUUUUGGAUUUUCACUCAGAAUCUGGGAGAGGUGGGUGGGGGUGUCUGGUAUGUAAGCACAGCCAAGGUCUUAGCUGAAUAUGUAACAACCCUGCUCUCAAACAUUGGCCUUUUCUCCCUUGGGGAUUUCUCAGACUGAUCCUCCUUCAGUAUGGCAGGGCCUUCCCUCCUUACGAUUGCCUUUAUCCAGCUGUUCCCAAACCUCAGGAUUCUUGACCACUUUAUUCCUUGAGGUGAUUUCCUCUGUUUCCCACUAAGCUCCUCCCUGAGGCCACCCUUCUGCAACUAGAUUGGCCCAUUAAAAGUAUCUGCCAGAUUAGAGUUCUUCCCUUAAAAAUUGUGUGUUCAGCUCUACAAACAGAACUGUUUAGGUUCUAUGCACCCCCGCAACCCCCCGCCCAUCCCAGUCCUCAUCACUGGAACCUGUUAAUACGUUGUGAUGCAAAACCAACAGGAGUUUAAGGUAGCAGAUGGAAUUAAGGUUGCUAAGCAGUAUGGUUUGACUGGGCCUACCCAGAUAAUCCAGGAUUAAAAGUAUCAAUAGAAGACAGAGACAGAAGAGUCAAGAGAUUUGUAAGAAACACUCAACAAGCUGUCACUAGUUUGAAGAUGAAGGGACCCCAUGCCAAGGCAUGUGGGUGGCCUCUAGAAGCUGGGAAAGGCAGGAAAACUGAUUCUCCCCUAGAGACUCCAGAACGCAACACCUUCAUUUUGAAGGAAAGGCCACUGGACUUCUGACCAGUAGAGCUAUAAGGUGAUAAAACUGUGACAUUUUAAACCCCUAAGUGUGGCAGUUUAAAGCAGCAAUAAAAAAAUUAAUACAGGUGUCA